CUCGCCGUCUCCCAGUCGCGGCGGAAGAAGAGGAGGAGGAGGAGGAGGAGGAGGAGGAAGAAGAAGAAGAUGAAGAAGAUGGAUGUGGUCUGAGCCUGGCGGAGACAUCAUGGGCUGCAUCGGAUCCAGAACCAUCACAACCGAUGCGGUGCCUGUGCGGAAAGAUGGAGAUCAGCAUGGCCGUGCAGAGUUUUCCUGGGAAGGAAUCAAUCUAUCCAUGGAGGACACCACGUCCAUCCUACCGCGUCUCAAGAAGAAGUCCAACAACUCGUACGGGAUCGGCGCUCUGGCUAAGUCGUCUCUGACAGGUGUGUCAGGUGUGUCCCGCUCCAUGAAGGACAAGGUGACCAAGCCCACCGCUAUGGCGCAGGGUCGCGUGGCUCACAUGAUCGAGUGGCAGAGCUGGGGAAAGCCCACGGCGGGUCCGCCGAUGCGCGCCGGCCGCACCAACCUUCAGCGGGAGAAGGAGAGGAGGAUGGAGAACGACGCCUACAGCGACCUCAGCGACGGCGAGAAGGAGGCUCGUUUCGCGGCGGGCAUCAUGCAGCAGUUCGCCAUCUCCGAGGCCACAUUGUUCGGGUGGACCUCUACGGACGGCGACAGCAUGGGCGCCAGCUCCAACCAUGGCAGCGUGGCUCACCUCAGCGAGGUUAACCAGGAGAGCAUCACCAGCAGAGACCAGCUGCUCCACCACUCGUCCGCCGACGUCUGGCCUCACACGUACGUCUCGCAGGGCCUCUACUGUUUGUCCUCGUCGGACGCCUGGGAACCCAUUACCAGUCAGCCUUCAGGCCUAGUGUCGCCGGCGGCGGGCUCCUACAUCAUGGCGGCAGGUGGCGGCAGCGGCGCGGGUGUGACGCCAAGCGACGGCUACGAGGGCACAGUGGGGGGUUACCUCCAGCAGCACCAGAUGGGCCAACUGCAGCAUCUCCAGCAGCUGCACCAAUACCAGCAGCAGCAGCUAAUGCAGUACCAGCAGCAGACGUUGGAGCACAGGCUGCAUAGCGCCUCCCAAUCCCUCCAAGCCACGCCCAACAGCACCAUCCACAGCCUUGGGCCGCCCACCCACCCGCGCCUGGUGGACCUGUGGGGGGCGGCGCAGGUCGAGGCCCACCAGGUGGACGUCGUCGGGCAGAUGGCCGAACUGGUCGGCGGCGUAGUGGAGAUGGUGGGGGAGGAGACCGAUCCCGACUCGCUAAGUAACGUCGAGCUGCGAGACGAGGAGGAAGAGGACCUGACCAAGCUGGACGAGGUGACGCUAACCUUGGAGCCCGAGCCGUGCCCGCUGACCCCGUCCCCAAUGAAGGAGGACACACCUUCCACAAGAGGUCACAGCCCGGGAACGCCGGCACAGAUGGCUGAGUUGGCGUCUGACAGGACUCCAUUUAACGUCACGCCGUACGUCGUCCAGUCCCUGGAUGAGAAAGAGACGGAGGAGCGCGGCAUUGUUGUUGUCGUGGCGACCAAUUGAAACACUGAGAAAAACGAGGGAAAUACAUAAACCAAUAAUCAAUCGAGCUAUUAUCCAACCCCCCCCCCCCCCCUUUUUUGUCGGAUUAACCAGAAAUUGGACGUGAGGAAUAUCAAACAACUGUUUGGACCUUUCGGACCAAAGACCUCAGUGCCGGAACGGACAGGCAGCAGAUUUGAAAAAGCAUCGCAAUAAAAGAACAUGGAGACUUAAGUCUGGCAGGACAGAACCUGCUCACAACAAGAACAUAACGUGUUUGCUUCAAGUGGAACUUCCUGCUGAGACCAAGCCCCCAAGUGCAACUUGAAGCCGACAUGACGCCGCCCUCACAAUAUUACAUGCUAUACAAAGUAAUAACAUAUCCUUUUUGUAAUAAAAGGGUAAAACAUGAA